GGCGCAAAGCACCGGCCGUCCCGUCCCCGUUCCCGUCGGGGACCUCCCCCGGCGGCAGGGCGGAGCGGAGCGGGGGCGGAGGGUCCCGGGAAUGCGGGGCGGGAUGGGCCGGCCCGGGGGAGGGGCUCGGCCGCCCGGUCCGCCCUAUAUAGAGGGGCCGAGCGAGCAAGAUGUUCACUGCCAGUAGCGGGGCCGCGGGCGGGACGGGGCAGGACGGGGAGGCAGCGGGCAGGCAGGCAGGCAGCGCCGUGUCCGGGCUCCGUCCUCGGUGUGUGUGACUGAGGCGGGGCGUGGGGCUGCGGGGGCGAGCGGCACGGGCAGGGGGAGCUCUGCGGCGGGACCCCCGUGAGCGGAGCGUCCCUCGGUGCCCGCAGCGGGCGGUCCCGGGCAGCGGCGGCUGCAGGUCGGGGAGCCGGGCGGCGAGGAGGCUCCGUGCCGCCGGCCCCGCGGUCCGGCAGCAUGAACAUCCUGCUGGAGUUCUUCGUGGUGACUUUCCGAGUGCUGUGGGCGUUCGUGCUGGCCGCGGCUAAGUGGCUGGUGCGGCCCAAAGAGAAAAGUGUGGCGGGGCAGGUGUGCCUGAUCACCGGGGCGGGCAGCGGCCUGGGCCGCCUCUUCGCCCUGGAGUUUGCCCGGCGCCGGGCGCUUCUGGUGCUGUGGGACAUCAACACGCAGAGCAACGAGGAGACGGCGGGCAUGGUGCGGCACAUCUACCGGGAGAUGGCCGAGGAGGCGGCCGCCGCCGCCCCCGGAGUAGCUGGAGAUGGCGAGAAAGACGUGCUGCCCCAUUGCAACUUGCAGGUUUACACAUACACCUGUGAUGUGGGCAAAAGAGAGAAUGUCUACUUGACAGCUGAGAGGGUCCGCAAGGAGGUUGGCGAGGUGUCUGUCCUGGUUAACAAUGCUGGUGUGGUCUCCGGGCACCAUCUUCUGGAGUGUCCUGAUGAGCUUAUUGAGAGGACCAUGAUGGUUAACUGUCAUGCGCACUUCUGGACCACUAAAGCAUUCCUCCCCAAGAUGCUGGAGAUGAACCAUGGACACAUUGUGACAGUUGCAAGUUCCUUGGGGUUAUUCAGUACUGCUGGAGUGGAGGAUUAUUGUGCCAGCAAAUUUGGAGCUGUAGGCUUUCAUGAGUCUUUGAGCCAUGAAUUGAAGGCUGCUGAAAAGGAUGGAAUCAAAACUACUUUAGUCUGCCCUUAUCUUGUAGAUACAGGAAUGUUUAGAGGGUGCAGGAUCAGAAAAGAAAUUGAGCCUUUCCUUCCACCCUUGAAACCUGAAUACUGUGUGAAACAGGCUAUGAGAGCCAUCCUUACAGACCAACCAAUGAUCUGCACACCUCGCCUCAUGUAUAUGGUCACCUUCAUGAAAAGUAUUCUGCCAUUUGAAGCAGUUGUAUGCAUGUACCGAUUUUUGGGAGCCGACAAGUGUAUGUAUCCUUUCAUCGCUCAACGGAAGCAGGCUACAAACAACAAUGAAGCAAAAAAUGGAAUUUAACAGUUUUGGAUGGACUAGCAUUUAUAGGUGAAUGCAAUAAUGUUACAUGACUGAAUUGCAAAGUGCACUUGCAUCUAACAGAUGCAAAUGUCAACAUCUUACUGUGGCAUUCUCUUGGGUCCUAAACCUGUGUAUUGAACUCUAAAAAUCAAUGGAUUUUUAUAUACUGUAAAUAAAACUGACUAGAGUACUUGGGAAAUGUGAUAGAUAACUCAAAUGAAUUUACAAUGUAGCUGCCACCAUUGUCCUUUAGAAUAUCACUGUAUUCUGUAUCACUGUACAGUAAACUAGUCAUACUACUUGUUGUAGGGAUGCACUGUGUGAUAUCUCUUCCUUAGUCUACUAAGGCUUCUAAGAGCUGUCUCCAACCAGAAGAUGGAAUGUUUCAGAAAUAGUUUGACUUUCCCUAUGCUAUUUAGGAAGGGAGGGAAGUCUUGCAAUUCAAGCUACUGCUCGUGAUCUUACAGCAAAUUCAAGGACAGUUUCUGAAUGCAUCUCUUCACUCGUUCACCCAAGUUCUCUAAAGGACACAUGGCCAAAUUGUGGUGUAAUCCUCUGUUGUUGCAACUGUGUGUGUUCUAUUUAAACAAAGAUGAAAAGAAAUUUGUAAAUCUCUGCCGAUUCAAAGGCAAAUGAAUGUCUUGCGUGCUGUCAGAGCAAACUUGUAUUGGGCAUCUUUUUUUUUUUUUUUAGGAAAGCAGUCAGUGCUCUAAUUUGACUUUUUUUUUUUUGCAAGUUGACUUAUUUUGAAAUAUGCUCUGUUCCAUUUCCCUCUAUAUGUCAGAGUCCAAUUUACUAUUAUGGACUACAUGUUUCAUUUCUUCUUCCUCAUUCUUACUUCUGACAGAGUUUUCCCACCCCCCCCAAGGAAACUGUUGUGUUAAAUUCUCUAACUGGACUUGUGCCUAAAAGACAAAGCAACUCAGCUGAGAUACAAACUGUUUAUGUAAGUGCUGGUCCUAUGCCAAUUAUUAGCAAAGGAAAAAUAGAAUAAUGCCUGAUGCAACUCUACAUUCAGAAUAUGAAAGGGUGUAAAGAUUUUUUUGAGUUGUACUCACAUUGUAGAACAGCAAAUGACAUUUUUACAGUAUUUUUUGUAAAGCGAACAAUUUUGUGCCUUGAAUUUGGUAAUCUGUAUUAGUGAAGCAUUGUAAAAGUGAAAUUCUACCUCUGUAUCUUAAUGUAUACCAUCCACUUGUAAACUACUAUCAGAAAAAUUGUGAUUACUUUUUUAGAAUGUCUUGUUAAAUAGUGACCAAUGCCUGUGGUUAUUAAAGUGAGCCACCUUUUCCUUAAAA